GGUUUUAGGUAAACUGUGCGCUUUAGUUUGUUUUGCGACAACAAAUUUCACGUCCGUAUAUAAACAGCGAGUAUUGGCUCCCAUCCGCACUGCUCUUUGUCGUUUGUUACGCUCCGUGCAAGCCAAACCCAAAUGAAAAUUCUGGACAUUUGGCUGAACAUGACGUUUUUACUAACAUGUCGAAAGCAAUUGAUUUCAAUUCUAAUAAUAAUCACGUUUCUUUUCAUAACAGGCUUUGAUUUCACGCCAGACUUGAGCUUGAGCGGCCGACACUUCAAAUUUGUCGCUUUCGACAAUCCACCGUUCGACUCGAUGGUCAAAGGACCAAACGGCACUUUCAUUUUUUCUGGAGCGACAACUAACGUGGUCUUUUGGAUAGCACAACGACUCAAAUUUACGCCUACAAUCGUUGCAGUUGAUCAAACACUUUUCAAUAAAUUGGGCGCACACGAGGCCACAUUUUACCAACUUAUGAACCAAGAUGUGGACGGGAUAGUGGGGGCCUUCUACUUGACAAUGGAUCGGGUAGAAAGAAUGGACUAUUCGUUCUUUACGUGGACCGACGGAUUUAGUCUUGUGGUACCAAAUCCAGGAGAAGAAAGCAGAUUAUUCGCUUUCGUCCGUCCAUUCCAACCCUGGGUUUGGAUAUCAAUUCUCCUUAGCCUUCCCCUCGUAGUAAGCACAAUGACAUUUUUCACGUGGUUCUACAAUCGUGGCCGUCCUAAGAAUAGCAUUGAAGUUCUCUCUGUAAACACCAACAGCCAAUCAAACGGUGUUUCAUCAGGAAGCAAUUUUACUUUCUUUGGCUCCCACAUGAUUUACGUAAUAAAUACCAUGACAAAUCAAGGAGGGAGAGAAGCGGUUAGCCGCUUCUCCUUUCGAGUACUGGCCGGCGCCUGGGUUUUGUGCGCCAUGGUCCUAGUAAAUUCGUACACGGGAAUAGUCACUUCGGCCCUCACGACGCCUAGAAUGAAACAGCCUAUCAACACCCUGGAAGAAUUAGCAGUAAGUAACGAGGUCAAGAUAGUCCUCAGGAGUGACACGGCGAUCGGAGUACAAAUUUUGCAAGCGACUUCGGGCAUCUAUAAAGUUCUUGCCGAUCAAGCCCGGAGUGAACCUGAUGAACGUAUAGUUGCCGAUCCUGGCAAGUUAAACGAAAGAUUGAGGACUGGUCGCUACGCUUAUCCAUUUAUGCAUACUUUCACGAUUGCCUUUGUCGGAACUCAAUACAAAAAGGAAGGAAAGUGUCGGUUCAAGGCAUCUAAAAUUUUGUCGAGCUCGCACGGAUAUUAUUUUUUCGUUUUGAAAAAAGGAUCUUGGUACACGCAAAAAUUUAGUCGAGGGUUCAUGGACCUGUGGGAGAGUGGCCUGACACGCUUCUGGAUGAAGAAUCGACCCACUAUACCGAGGGCGGACGAAUGUUUCGACACCAAACGCAGAGUUUCUCGAUUGGCUGCUAUCCAAUUGUCUGAUUUGACUAGCGCCUUCCUGAUUCUGGGCAUCGGGAUCGGAUUGGCGACACUGGCCUUUUUGCUGGAAAUUAUCUACUCGAAAUGGCAACGCUAA